GGCGGGACGGGUCUCUACAGGACGGAGCCCCACGUCUUCAUCAUCAUCAUCAUCAUCAUCCACAUCUGCGCUGUCGGAGCGCGGGGGGAGAGGUCGUAGCAUCUCAGACGCGUAUGCUAACGCUAGCAAAACAAGGAAUUUUAAGUCUAGGCUUUUCUAGACCAGAGGCCUACAACACCCUCCUCUAAAUCUAGAACGACCUCAGUGCCGGUGGAUAACCCCCUCCGAAGCACACCUAGUGAAUUUGAACUGGCGGUGGAUACUACAGCUUCCCUCAAGACAGCAAACCAAAGCAGAGCAUUUCCUUUGCUCCAUUUCUAUUAAUCAAAUCCAUUACUUUGACUAUUUGUACUCCUUUUUGAAAGAACUUCCUUAGCUGUGAACUUUACACCCAAGACCAUUUAAAUAAUCAACAAAAAUGGCUCCUGGAAUGGAAACAGCGGACAUAGCUGUGGUAGCACUGUAUUUUGUCCUGGUGCUAGUCAUCGGCUUUUUUGCCAUGUGGAAAGCAAAUCGCAACACUGUCAGCGGCUACUUCCUGGCUGGACGCUCCAUGACGUGGAUAGUGAUAGGUGCAUCGCUCUUCGUGAGUAACAUUGGCAGUGAACAUUUCAUAGGCCUGGCAGGAUCGGGAGCAGCGAGUGGCUUUGCUGUUGGAGCGUGGGAAUUUAACGCACUUCUACUCCUGCAGCUGCUGGGUUGGGUGUUCAUCCCUGUUUAUAUCCACUCAGGAGUCUACACCAUGCCCGAGUACCUGUCGAAACGCUAUGGUGGCAACAGGCUAAAGGUUUACUUUGCCUGCUUGUCUGUGUUACUUUACAUUUUUACCAAGCUGUCUGUGGACCUGUAUGCUGGAGCUCUCUUUAUUCAGGAGUCCUUGGGGUGGAACCUUUACCUGUCCAUCUUUCUGCUCAUCAGUAUGACUGCAUUGCUCACUGUCACUGGGGGACUGGUGGCAGUACUGUACACGGAUGCCCUUCAGGCAGUGUUGAUGAUUGGUGGAGCCCUGACCUUAACCAUCAUCAGCCUCAUCAAAGUAGGUGGGCUUGAGGGUGUCCGAUCGAAGUACAUGCAGGCUGUUCCCAAUGUUACUGCUAUACUGGCUAGUGGAAAUUUCACGUAUUAUCCUUCCUGUCGCAUUGAGCCCAAACCAAACUCGCUACGCAUCCUUCAUGGCCCUCUGGAUGAAGACAUCCCGUGGCCAGGCUUCCUUCUUGGCCAGACCCCUGCAUCUAUUUGGUACUGGUGUGCAGACCAGGUCAUUGUCCAGAGAGUACUUGCAGCAAAGAACAUUGCUCACGCCAAGGGCUCAACACUCAUGGCUGGACUUCUCAAGAUCCUUCCCAUGUUUGUCAUAGUCAUUCCAGGAAUGAUCUCCCGUAUCCUGUUCACGGACGAGAUCGCCUGCAUUGGGCCAGAGCACUGCAUGGCUGUGUGCGGUUCUGAGGCUGGCUGCUCAAACAUUGCCUACCCACGCCUGGUCAUGGCUGUGAUGCCUGUGGGACUCAGGGGUCUGAUGAUGGCAGUCAUGAUCGCCGCCCUGAUGAGUGAUCUUGACUCCAUCUUCAACAGCGCGAGCACCAUCUUCACCCUGGAUAUCUACCAAACGGUUCGGAGGAAGGCAUCGCAGCGUGAGCUGCUGAUGGUGGGCCGCAUGUUUGUUGUGGUCAUGGUGGCCAUCAGCAUUGCUUGGGUCCCUGUUAUUAUUGAAAUGCAAGGUGGACAGACAUAUCUGUACAUCCAGGAAGUUGCUGGCUACCUUACACCACCAAUUGCUGCCCUCUUCCUGCUAGGUGUGUUCUGGGGAAGGUGUAAUGAGAUGGGUGCAUUUUGGGGAGGCAUGACUGGUUUCACACUAGGUACCAUACGACUGAUCUUAGCUUUUAUCUACCGCCAGCCUCGCUGUGACAAGCCAGAUGAUAGACCUCCCUUCAUCAUUCAUGUUCACUACAUGUAUAUUUCUGCUGGGCUGUUCUGGAUUUCAGGGCUGGUGGCAGUGGUGGUCAGCCUCUGCACCUCUCCCCCAGAUAAGGAGCGGGUUCGCACCACCACAUUCUGGGGGCUCCGCACUGUUCAAAUGGCCCCUGCCAAGGAUCGAGAGGAAACGUACAGGCUGACUGACGAGAGCCUUUGUAAUGGUGAUGGAAACCUCCACAAGGAAAUGCCCAUAGAUGUAAGAAAGGACAUGUGUUUGGAUGGGGUGGAUGUCAAACUCCUGGUCCCAUCCACCGACCAUGACCCAGCAACCCCUAGUACAGAAACCACCCCUGCAACCAGCCCUGCGGAGCCACUUGGAAAUAGGAGGAUGGAGAUGAUCAGAGCAGAGGAAGGCUGCCAUGGGAAUUGGGAGAGUAGCAGGUGCAUGCGCUUACUAGACUGGUUUUGUUCACUUAAAGAUGGAGCAAAGAGUGCUCAGCAAAAAGUGGCGCAGGACGAGGCGGCACUCAUUGCAAAGAUGCUGUACGAGCCACCCAGAGUUAAACUCCUUCUCAACUUGGGUCUACUAUGCGUCUGCUGUGUGGGCAUCUUCAUGUUUGUUUAUUUUUCAUUGUAGCUGAACACUGCACUGAACUAAUGGGGACUGGUGUGGGUUUUUUUUUUUAAUGAAGUUGGAAGGUAUGUACAGGGGUUUGAGCUGUUAACAAAUUGUCUGUAAUAUUUACAGUUGUCUUUUGUAGUUCUUUAACAGGGAUCCGAGUUUAUUCUAAUCAUUUUUAAAAAAUGGUUAAAGCUUCUCCAUAUGUAAACUUUACUCCUUAAUGACUUAAAAUCUAUUUGGCACUGGUGUUUCCACUUUGUACAGUGCUUGAUGUUAAUUCUUCAGAAUAUCCACUGGGAUUUUUAGAACCGUAGUAUGCCAGUGAAUUUAAUAGUUGCCUUAUUUGACACUUGCACUUGUCUUUCUGUGUUUAUGUUUUAUGUGAUUUAGGUUUUUUUCUUUCCAUUUUUGUUGAUAGUAGGUGUAAGCUUAGUUGCUGGUUCAGCAAACAUGUCUAUAACUUAAACUUUUAGGUUAAAGGCUUUGAAAGUUUCUUUUUACAAGUUCUGAACUCUAUGAUUAUUAGUACAUUUAUAUUAGAAUUUUAAGGAUGUUAUUACUAUUUUGUUUUAUUGUGCCCUGGACAGUCAUUUCAAGGUCGGCAAAUUAUCCAAUAAAUGUCCAAAGUGCUGAGAAGAAUUGCCCCCUGAAAGUAUUGCAUCAAAAAAUAAUCUUCUCAAUCUUACAAUUACAUACCUGGUAUUUAUGAUAUGUACAUAUUUUGCAGGACAUAAAAUAGAAAGAAUUAUCACAGAAAUUGUUACCUCAUUUUUCCAUCAGAAGUGUGGAAUUAACCAAACUUAAUAUUGUGAGGUACUUGUUCCUUUUUACUGGCUGUUCCAUGCCUGUUGUUUUUUGUUGUCACUGAUGACCAAAUUCCAGUCACAUCUGGAGCUCUACUGGUGUUUUUUUCUUUUAAAGGUUUAAAUAUUGCAUUUUCUACUACUGUGUUUUAAUGGUUGUAUUCUGUUACAUUUUAAAAAAAACACAAAAACCUCUAAUUCAUCUACUGCUAUUCUAUCAUAGCAAAAAGCCACAAGUUCCAAUGCUCAUGAUUCUGUUUCACUUAACACGUACAUGUACAUCUCAUUUUCACAUUUUUGAGGCUGCUGCAUUGUGUGCAACAUAAUACAGGGCUCAUUGGAUCACUGACAGUAGACACUUCUCGUGUAGUAAGCUAUCUGUUUUGAAUAUACUGUGCAUCAAAGUGCACUGCAGUGCUGAAAUGUCAUUUAAUCUUGUUUCAAGUGCAUCUUUUAUAAACGUUCUACCAAAUGUGUCUUAGUCUGCAAAGUUAAAAUAGAGGGGAAAAAACACAAAAAGAAAUCAAAAAACAUUUUUACGUCCUGAACAGUUUUGCGCAGUGACUACAACAUCUCUUUAAACCCAUGUAUUAAAUUAGCUUUGCCAUUUAGUGUAAUACAUUAGCUGCAUAUCAGCAGAGAUUGAUAAUGUAAAGCAGAAAUGGCAUUUCAGGUGCUGGUUGCAGGAUUAGCACAUCACUAGAUGAGUUGACAUUUUCAAAGGUAAUUCAACCAGGUAAAUAAAAUUAUUGGAAUUCUCAAUUUUGCUCAUUACUUCCACAGUAUAAAGUGUUAAGAUAUGAAAAAGCCCCACCGUUAGAACUUUUAGAAGAAGAAGAAAUUAGAAGAAAAAUUAAAAGUGUUUUACAUUGUGUUUUUAAUUUGAGAGCAGUGUUGAAUGACAUCAGUCCCAAAAUGUGUCAUAAUGUGACAGGCAUAAAUGAUGCAUUACAUGAUGAUAAGUGAUGAUUGCUGUAUGGGAAAGAGCUUUAAAACCCUUUCUUUUUUUCCUGAGAGAAUAAACAUUGUUAUUUUCAUGGAUUUAAUUUUUUAGAAACUGAAAAAUAAAGUUUCUGUGGAGACAAAAGACAAACGUGUACUCAUUUAUGUUGUGAAACAGUUGGAGAAAAUACUUUCCCACCAAACUGGCUAACAUAAAGUCAGAUUUCAUUUCUUCUUAAUUCAGGUAAUGUGUUGUCUUGUUGUUUACUACAGAAUGUUGCAACACUAGAAUCAUUAUUCAUUUAUCAUGUGAUUAACAACUGGACCCCAGCUGUAUGAAGUCAAAACAUCUGUUUUAGGGGAGCUGCUGAAUUAUUUUAAAUUUGGAACAGAUUAGUUGUGGAUUCAACUGUAGCAAUUUAUCUCAUGUGGUUAUGUCAUUAUUGACAUUCACUUUACAACUACUGAAUAACAGCAUUGUUCAUCAAGUGAUAUUUUGCAACUUGUAUGAAGUGAAUAAAAUGUUGUUUACAAAACUCAAAGGAA